AUCCUUGAUUUGUGGGGAGCAGCAGCACAGGGGAUGAGAAGAGCCUCCUGAGCAGCCAUGGAGGGGUUACAGCUGCGGCAGGCGCCCUGCAGCCGGAGCUUCCUCAAACUCACUGCCAUGGAGGUGAAGUGGAUCCACGUCCUGGUCAUCCUCCUCUUCCUCCUCUCCGUGGCCAUGACCGGCUGCUUCCUGUGGCAGUACAGCCUCCCCAAGGUGGAGCCCGGUCCAUCCGUGAUGGAAGUGAGGUCAGAAGCCGUGCAGAUGUGUCCCCGCUAUCCCGAGCCGGUCCCGCUGGACCACCCCCUCCCCAUCCUGAAGGAAGCACUGGAGAAGGUGGAUCAGAUGCUGCGGCAGAAGAUGCACAGCUCCGGCCUCCCGGCCAUGUCGGCCAUCGUCAUCUACAACGACACCGUGCUCUGGACGGGCAAUUUCGGGAAGAAGAACGGCUCUGACCCCGCCUCAGGGCUGCCCAAUGAAUACACCAUCUACAGAAUUGCCAGCGUCUCCAAGAUCUUCCCCACCAUCAUGUUGUACAAGAUGUGGGAGGAAGGAAAAGUGACAUCCCUGGAUGACCCACUGGAGCGUUAUGCCCAGAACUUUGUUAUUAAGAACCCUCUGGGGAGGCUGAAGGACUCAGAGCAGAGAUACACAGCGGACGGGCUGGUGUUUUUGGAAAAAGGCUCGAUGCCACUGAAGCCAUCCCCGGUCACCCUGCGCAGAAUGGCCAGCCAGCUCUCAGGUCUGCCCAGGAGGCUGAGAUCCACCAGCCUGCUCUGGAAGGGCAACACGCAGGAUGCCCUUGCUCUGCUCAAAGACGACGUCCUGGUGGCUGACCCAGGAACCAGAUGCCACUACAGCAACCUGGCCUUCUCCCUGAUGGCUCACGUGCUGGCUGACCACGCUGCUGAUGGGCAGUACCAGCGCUGGGUCUCAGAGAACAUCCUGGACCGCCUGGGCAUGGAGGACACCGGCUUCGACAUCACGGCGCCCAUCCGCUCCCAGAUGGCCGUGGGCUUCUACGGCAGCCAGCAGCCGGCCCCACUCUACGACCUGGGCUGGUACCGGCCCUCUGGCCAGAUGUACUCCACGGCUGCUGACCUGGCCAAGCUGGCCAUGGUCUUCUUGGGCACUUACCACCGCCGGCUGCUGGAGCCCGACACGGUGAAGACGAUGCUGACGCCCCUGUUGAAGUGCUCCACUGAAUACUUCGCCAACAAGACGGGCACACCCUGGGAGAUUAACGAGCAGCUGGGGUAUGAUGUUGUCAGGAAGGAUGGGGACCUUGAUGGUUACUCAGCUACCUUCUCUCUCAUCCCCAAGCUCCGCCUGAGCUUCAUCGUGCUGAUGGCGGGGCCCAGACCUCAGGGUGGGGACAUUGUGACCCAGACAUACGAGUAUCUCAUCCCUGCCAUGGAGACAGCCUUCAGAGAGGCCGACAAAAGCUUGGUUCCUCCUCCAAACCCAAUCCCUUAUGUUGGCUACUACACCUAUUCCAACCUGACUUUCUAUGAGAUCAAAGUUGGAAUUGGUGGGGUGCUGGUCAUGCAGCAGUUCGGGCCUCACGUGGAAGAGCUGAUCCCUGAAAAGUAUCGGACAAUCAAGCUCCACCACCUGGAAGAUCGUGUUUUCCAAGUCGUUUUCGACAAGGAAUUCCCAUGUGUUCUGCACCUGGGCUCUGCCUCCAUCUCACUGGAGACGCAGAACGGGCAGCUCUUCAACUUCUACCCCUUCGACCGCAAGGGUUUGUCCCCCGGCUUUGACGCCCCGGGGCUGAACACCUACAACGUGGUGCGUGUCCUGCGCAAGCCCGUGUUCUACAGCUAA